AUGGUAGUGCUGAAGUUGAAGAAAAUAUUCAACAGUUCACGUCAACGCGUGAAAGCUAGCGAUUUCGAUGAAAUCUCAAAGGAGAUCCUUGGAACUGUGACCUCAAUUUUCCGGUGCCUAAUUGUCACACGGGCGCCAUUUCCUGACGGUGUUGCUGUUGAGAUGAGGUUAGCAAAAGAGGCGUGGCAUGAGGCAUGCGAAAUCAAAGGCAUCCAAGUCAAAUUAACACCUCCAGCGGUCAAAAUGCUAUUGCUGCGCAUAUCACAUGAGGUGAUAAGGAAAAACCGAGAUCUGGCUGAAUCUUUGAAAGGCGGUUCAGCAUUUGCCUUCAAGGACUGGAUGUCAAAGACAGGGAUCUACAAAUCUGAAUUACUGCAAGACAGUAUCAACAUUAUGUGGUUUGCAAACCAAAAUGACGAGGGUAUCAUUUACCACAAGUAUUUCAACCCCAUACCUGUCGAGGUUGUUGCCCUCGUGCUUACAGCUAUCGAAUGUUGUAUUGAUGAGUGGUUACAAGGCCUGAAGGAAGACAUCAAAUUCACUUUGGCUACUUAUGCAUCUAUUUACCAAGCUCAUUUUGACUCGUUGCAGUGCUUCCACAAGCAUAUGGCACCUUACAAACUCCUUGAAAGACUUUGCGACAGUUUGCAUGACAGGGCUCGGUGUCGAAGUACUGUCAUAUACCGGAUCCGAGUACCCCCAGUACCUUCUAUGAGCAUCCCCACUGCUGGCCUGACCCCCUGUUUCCCCGUCUGCUUCAUUCCUCCUUCCCUGACAAUGCACGAAGUGCAUCUCAGCAGGAUUAGCCCUGCUACCUCCACCCGACUCUGUUCCGCUCUUCCAACAUUACCCCUAUGUCCUCCGACCCCAUACCCCUUCCAUCCGACCCUAUCUGGGGUUCCGCUCCUCCACCCUAUCGGUCCGCCCAAUCCUACUCCUACUCCCUCCGCUUUUCUGCCCCGCUCGGAUCCUUCAGUUCCACUCGUAUUGACCCACCCGACCAUUAGUCCGUCCAACCGCCUCACCGGUCCACUCCUAGACUAG